GUGAGAUUUUCCCAAGAAACGGGGCAUAGUCAUUCUCUCCAUCAAAGCAUGGGACCCCCUGCCUCCACUGAAACACCAGAGUUGCAUACAGUGCGUGACUCAUUGAGAUGCCUCACCCAGUAGUAGACCGGUGAGUGCGAGACAUAGAGAUGCGGAUCGGAUGGGUCUUGCAGAGGAUCGACUGCAGGCAGAAUAUGAAUUCUGCUACCCCAUGUGCCCUUUUCUUUGUGUAUUCUGGAUGUAUGCCCGUGUGUGUGUUUGUCUGUGGGUGUGUCACAUACAGGCGAUGCCGAUGGGCGAAUCGUCGGGGUAUCUUUGGUGGAUCGCAUCAUUGACCUUUACAGACUCGCGAUCUAUCUCGUCAUUGCUCGUAAACUUCACGCUCAGGAGCUUCCCUGGAGCUGUGCCGACAAAGAAGGUCCGUGCAUCUGGGGCCCAUGCGCCCGUCAGACCAAACCCUCCCCUGAGGAAGGGCCGCCAAUACAGAUCUGGCCAAGAAAGUAGAUACUAGCCGAGUCAGGUGCAAACCUUGUGUGUCACCUUCUUCGCUUAUUCCAUCAGACGCAUCCUUGUUGACCAAAUCGAAGAGGCCAGUCAGGAGGGUUUUUGGCGACUUGUACUUGAUGUCGCCCAUCUGCCCAGCCGCCGAGACCUUCAUGGGGUAUGCAUUGGAUUCUCCUUUCCUUGUCUCGACUCGAAGCCCACUCGAAUCGGUCUCGUCGACCUGAAUAGGGUAGAAUGAUAGAAGGGCGACCGGUCAGUCUCACCUUUUCUUCCGCUUUGGUAAGUGGAGUCUGACCUGGUGUGUCCGGUAUGUGAUGCGUGUCGCGCUCCAUUCCACUAUCCCGGCAUUUUCACUGUCACUUUCUGAUUCCUCGUCACGAUUCACCUCACGGCCAUUCACGUGGAGCUUCGCGGCCUCCAGGCUCUGAAGAGAAGGAGGCGCCAACAAGAAGCUCUUCCUUGGGGAUUGCCUUGCGACAGACAGCUGGCUGGCCCCCAAGGGAACUCUUCAUACCUCUGGAUUCAAGAAGCCUGCUCCAUAAAUUGUUAUUUCUUGUCCGCCCUUUGGAUCAAUCACAUCCGGGGUCACCUUAUUGACGAAGGGAGGCCAGUCUCUGCAGAAAUCAAGAAUGCGAGAUCUAGUUUGCCAUUGGAAGGAUGGAAAGGUCGCCAAAGGUAAUCGAAGCACUGAUGUACCUCUGGCUGUGGACCAUGCGCCAGCGGUUCUUUCCUUUGGCCUCAAGCCGCACUCCGUCUGGCGACGACCCCGCCUCUCCCACAAGCCACCGAACCUCGAAAUCCACUCGAUUGUCGCCGGUUACCUCUUGGUCAAGCUGAGACAGGUUGAUCGUUCGAGACUCACCCUCGACCUCCUUGCCAUUGAUCCACACAGCGGCUUCCUUUCCUCCCUCCACAUUCAGCUUCAUCGUGUCAAGCGACGCACCAUCGAGAAUUUCAAUCGAUCCCUGGCAGAGAGGCAGAGACAGACAGACAGCCAGACAGACAGCACCACACAGUACGACCAUGCGAGGAUUGACUGCCCGGCAGACAAGCAAGAAGCGGCUAUCUUUGUUCUGCCUUCAGUUUCUGACCAUUGCCCGUAUGAUGAUAUCUUCUUUGAAUUGUGGAUCAAGGAACGAGCUUGCCAUAUCAGGGAUAACUUGGCAUGACUCAUACGGCCCCAAGGCGUCUGCGUCUCGGCUGUCCCCAGCAGCUGUGAUGCUGGCGGUCACCCACUGAGGAGACAAGGCCUCCUCUCCCUGGCGCAGUGCAGCAGAAAUGGGUUCCCCGGCAUCGAUGUACAGCCACUCAGACGUGUCUAGCAUGUCAUCAGCGUCACGGUCUCCCAUGGAGUAGAGCGAGAGAGCACAACCUGGAACCUCCUCGAUUGUUGUCACGUGAACGACGUGAUCGGCUCCGGAUAGUCGGCGACCUUCCUGGUCGCCGAUCGUCAGCUUUGCCCUGUGCUCACCGAUGUCAAGACGCGUAAGGAACUCCCGCACGCAAUUUACUCCGUCUUCAGGGCAUUCCUGCAACAAAGACAGAAGCUGAACGCUCUCAUAUUGGGCCACUAUUGCCAUGCCGCUCACGGUAUCUUCUUCAACGUUUCCAUCGACUUCGAAUAUGUACCUCGUCACACGUCCUCCCCAUUCGUGCGUAUGGGAUCCGGUGGCCUGAAAGGAAGACAGUCGUGGCAAGCAAAGCAGUUCCUUGCGUGUUGGCUUCACGGACAUCGAAUACAACUGUUUCAGAGCCGUCGCCUUCAUCAUCAACUAAGACUCUGUCGACAGCCAUGACAGGAUGAAGGAGAUUGUCCGGUGCCAGAAAGACUGGCGGAGAGUCGCGAGGUACAAGGGCUGCGAGGAAGGCAUCCGACGCCACCACCGUGCUGGGACGACGGGGAAGCGGCGAGUACUUGGACAAAUGAAGAAAAACAGACGAAAGACAACAUGAGACAACAGCCAGACAGACUGCGUGUGUCAGCGCACCUCCGUUGCAGGUGAGGACGUUCCUACAACGACAACUCGUCCGGCGGAUGCAUGGGACGCUGCCAAAAGCUCCUUCGGCUCCGUGUUGUCAGCCGACGACAACGAAUCGAGCAACGCAGCCAGAGAUUCCCCGCGAGGAAGGGCGAUUUCUGUGAACUUCGUAGGGGGAGGCUUCAUCCUUCCUAUGAGGAGCACCCACAUCUGACGCCGCAGAAGGUGUCAAUGAGAGGCAGGCAAGUUGCUAAUGCUCCCGAUUGACAAGAACUCACGUCAAGUCGGAAACGGAUGAAGCCGAUUUGUGUCUCCGGCCUUUGUCUGGCAUUGUCCUGCUCAAUCCCCUCUCCCUCCCGUGUCCGACCGCCCUUCCAUGUGACCGUGAUCUUGACAGCCUGACUUGGCUUGAUGUCCUCGAUGUAUUGGUCGUCGCCUCCAGACACUUGAAAAGUGAAGGCCUCCGAGUCGCCCUCCAAUUUGGGAUAGAGCUUGCCUGACGACCUUUCAGGAUCCUCAUUCACCAGAUCGAAGGUAGCGCUCGCAUUAAGGGAGCUGAGAUAGAAUGUCGGAUACGGCUGCGUCAUGUCAGGGGGACGUGACACGGAAGAGACAGACAGACGGACUGGAGCUGAAGGUGCGGGAGGAAACAUGAAGGAUCCGUCCUCGUGACACACAGCAAAUCUCCUGCCCACAAAGACUGGGUCUUCAGCAUCGGCAACGCAGAGAGGAAGCAGGGGGGCUGCGUACGAACACAGCCGAAAAGCUCAACACAUACAGCAGCUGGUCACGUGGCUGCCUCGCAGCUUACCUGCAGGUACAUCCUUUUUGCUUUCGUCUCCUUUUCGCACGGUGUUCACAAAUGGUGCUGAAAGCGCAGGCGACAUCCGGGCGAAAGCCACUAUUGCUACGUGUAAUGUGACAAGUACUCCCAUCUGUACAUAUUAUAAUAGCC